AUGUUAAAAUCGAUGAGACUCGGAGCUAUCGUGCUUUUGUCGCUGCUAUUGAUCGCAACUCAUCUGCCCAGUGCAAACACCUCCCCCUUGGAAUUCUCCGAGCGAGAGUCGAGUGGGGGCCAUGGGUCGCAUGGUAAAAUUGGCCCUGGAAAGCUGGGUGCUGUCGCUAGCGAAAGCUCAAUCUGUUCGCGUCAUGGAUCUGAUAUUCUGAAGAAGGGUGGCAACGCUGCCGACGCUUUGAUUGCAACCCAAUUUUGUAUUGGUGUCGUAGGCAUGUACCACAGUGGAAUCGGCGGAGGUGGGUUCAUGCUCGUGAGAUCAGCAAAGGGGGAAUACGAAUUUAUUGAUUUCCGAGAGACGGCCCCAGCUGCGGCAUUCGAGGAUAUGUACAAGAAUAACGAGGCUGCUUCAAUCUACGGAGGACUGGCAAGUGGAGUACCGGGUGAAGUGCGAGGCCUCGAGUACCUCCAUAAAAAAUACGGUUCUCUUCCAUGGUCGACACUUGUGCAGCCCGCUAUUCGCACUGCCCGUGACGGUUUCCCUGUCACUGAAGAUCUUGUCAAAUACAUGGUAUCUUCCGUGGGCACUGGAGAGGACUUCCUAUCUAAAAACCCGACGUGGGCAAUCGACUUUGCUCCCAAUGGAACUAGACUUGGACUGGGUGAUAUUAUUACUCGACGCCGGUAUGCAGACACCCUCGAGGCGAUUGCGGAGCGUGGCCCAGAUGCAUUGUACUCGGGCCCUAUCGCGGAGGCUAUGAUCAAUGCGCUCCAGAGCGCAAACGGCACAAUGACUCUUGAAGAUCUUAAAAAUUACAAACUGGCCAUUCGAGAUAUCGCACAAAUUGACUAUCGUGGCUACAAGAUCACGAGUACAUCGGCUCCCUCGAGUGGUAUUAUCGCUAUGAGUAUUUUGAAGAUUCUCGCGACCUACAAAGGCUUCUUUGCGACUGAAGAAUCCGUGAAUCUCAGUACUCAUCGGUUGGACGAGGCUAUGCGAUUUGGAUACGGCGAGAGAUCUAAUUUGGGCGAUCCCCUGUUUGUUGACGGGAUGGCCAAGUAUCAGAAGGAAAUCUUGGAUCAAGCUACGAUUGAUGACAUACGAUCCAAAAUCUCCGAUGUGCGAACCCAGAACGUAUCUGCUUAUGAUCCAGCCGGACUGGAAAGCCUGGACACCCCUGGAACUUCCCAUAUCGCAGCAGCUGACCAUACGGGACUUGCAAUCUCGGUCAUCACCACAAUCAACCUCCUCUUCGGUAGUCACGUCAUGGUUCCUGAAACCGGAGUCAUCAUGAACAAUGAGAUGAAUGAUUUCUCCAUUCCUGGAUCAUCGAACUCAUUUGGAUACAUCCCCUCCGUAUCCAACUACGUUCGCCCUGGAAAGCGCCCCCUUUCCUCCAUCACGCCCGCGAUAGUUGAGCGACCCAAUGGCAAGUUAUUUUUGAUCGCGGGAUCCGCAGGAGGCAGCCGUAUCAUCACUGCUACCGUCCAGAACAUUAUACAUUCCAUUGAUCAGGGACUCUCUGCUGCCAAAGCACUAGCCAAACCCCGUCUGCAUGAUCAGCUCGUGCCGAACCAGGUCAGCUUCGAAUACUCUUACGACAACGCAACGGUUGCCUCCAUGAAGGCGCGCGGUCACAAUGUUACUUGGGUUGCUCCAGGACAGAGCAGCGCCCAGCUGAUUCGGGUCUUGCCCAAUGGAACAUUUGACGCGGCUGGUGAGCCGAGACAACUCAACUCGGCUGGAUAUUCUGUAUAG